GCGUUCUCUGGUUCGAAGUCGUCUCACCUCGACUGCAACGUUGGGAAAUACACGUAUAAUAGUUUCCAGCGAAAUGUUAACGCGAUACCUAACCUCGCUCGUCUCCAACCUUCUCAAUAGUCCAAGCCAACCGAGUUUCUUCUCCCUCAGAGGUCUGACGAAACUCAAAUCGUGCCAGUUUCACGCGACCAGCACGAUGCGAAAGAAGAAGAAGAAGAAGAAAAAGGAGCCGGAAGGCCCCAAAAUCAUAAAACCCUACGACUGCGGUGAUUCGCCUAAACCAAUUCUGGAUCCUUCGUGCAAAGUGGCCAUUGUGAUAGGCGGUUCCGAUGGUUUUGGUUUUGCGGCUGCUGAUCAUCUAUUGUGUAAAGGGGCACGAGGUGUCGUGAUCGCGGAUAACGACGUCGAUCAAGGUCGAAUGGCGGCGCAGAGGCUCUGCGAUUCCUAUGGAAAGAAUCGCGUGCAAUUUUUCGAAUACGACGCGAACAAUCCUUGCCAAUUGGAAGCUACUUUGAGUCAGGCACAUUGCAAGUACAAGCAGAUACACAUAAUUUUCAAUGAUUCCGACAAGGAACGGUUUCCAUCGGAAUGCAACGCCACGAGGAAGAAGGAGAACUACGUAUCCAAAGCUACCAGGGCGGGCCUGAAAAUUUUGGGGAAGAACCAUGGCGGUCCUGGAGGGAUAAUAGUGAACUGCGCGAGUAUUCUCGGAUUCAUGGGCUGGCCGAAGGAUCCGUUCCCUGUUUACUGCAAGAAGGAACCAGCUAUAGAAGUCACGAUGGAUUUCGCGGAGAAGUUCAGUGUGGAGGAAACUGGAGUGCGUUUCGUCGCCCUUUGCCCGACUAAUAAACAAUUCUGCGAUAUAGGACUACCAGAUUUCCCAGACCCAAUCCCUCGCGAUCGACUCAGAGACAUGCCACCUUGUAUACCAACCCCGAAAGGUCAAAUCAGGUCAGCUUUGGGCCACGUAAUGGCGUGGGCGAAAAGCGGAAGCACGUGGGUGGUCGAACCAGCGAUCAGCGUUCACGAAAUCCCUCGAUUGAUUCAUUUCCCUCUGAAGGAAGGCGAGAAAAUCGAUCCGAAAAUCUAUGGAAGUCAAGUAAAGUCAUUUCUCUGUCGUUAUUAUACAGGGUAGAGUAGUAGAAGAGUACUGUGUCAAUUUAAGCUCUGUGAGGCCAAACCGAAACCACCACUCAUCGAUGUCUCCAAAAACCCUAAGAUCGAUACUACCAAAAUCUGCUCACCAUCGAAGCAAACUAACUGUGGACCAACGAAGAAAAAAUGAAGAGUGAUAUCGAGUGACAAAUAUCAAUUAUUAAUUAUUCUGAACAGAGCCGAGCACGUGGCCAAGGGGAUAGUCGAAUUAAUUGAAAAAGGAGAAAAUGGCGCGGUCUGCGUCGUCCAAAAUGGGGCGCCACCCUAUCUCAUCAACAUACCAUCGGCCUAUGAACUGGAGAAACUUAAAUUGUAAAAUACUAUCAUACAUUAUAAUACGUUUAAAAUAAAAUGUGACCUCCAUA